AUGUCCGCAUCAGCAGACAAACCUGAAUUAGAUCCUGCUUCUACAACAUCCGCAUUCUCUUAUGCACAAGCGGCAAAGGCGAAACAGUUCACAGCAUUGUCAGCGCCCUCAGAUGCUUCUCCAACAGACAUAACAGGCUCUAGGCCAAAGAGACCAGUAUCGUCGGACCGAGGUGCAGCGUCCAUCAGCCUUGAUAAAAACUCGGUCAAAAGGACAGCGAGCGAAGGGAGGGUUCCGGGAAAUACGGAUGCAUUUCAGAAGACAGAGUCUCAGCAGACAGAGCCAAAAGAAGGCACGGAAGAUGUGAAGGCUCGUACAUCCAGCGUCGCUACCAAGGAUGGAGAGCCAAAGCCAAUAUCUCUUCCACCAUCCCCAGAAUAUGAUACCAACUCAACACCUACCUUGCCUCAAGAAGAAUACAUGUCCUCCUUGGGCAAUGCUUCCUCUGAGUCGACUUGGGACAAACAAUCCCAAUCAAGUCAGAAUGGAGUGAAGCCUCAAGAGAAGACUGAGCGUGACGUUGAAGAUCCUCCGGCGGAUGCACCGUGGGACGAGGAGACUCCUUCUCCUCCAACGUUAAAAGAAGCGCCCGCUCCCAUAAGCAAUGUAUGGCAGCAAAGGAUAGAGGCGCAAAACGCUAAAGCAAAAUCCUUGCAACCAGUCACCCAACAAGUCACUUCUCCGAGGCCUGCUACCCGCCAGGAAUCUCUAAAUGGAACUGGGCGAUAUAUAGAGACAGCUUCAGACUCCAAAAAAGGAGAAGGCAAAAAGAGAGGCAAACCAUUCCCCGAUGAAACACCCGGCCUAGAAGGAAACAAAGUAGUCAGCAGAGAGAGGAAACAGAGGGUAAACGGCGAGGGAUUCAGCGCAGACAUGCCCAGGGACGCAACGUUCUGGCCAACCCCAGACACUGUCAAUGAGGAGCGAAAGAGAUCGCAGACGUCUCAAAAGGUAGAAGAAGGAGAGAAAGAAAAGGAUGUCGCCCAAAACCCGAAACCGAGCGGUAAGAAAGCUUGGACGCAUGUGCCUUUCGUCCCAACUGCUGUGUUUAAUACACCACUUCCUCAAGCCCGUCGUGGUGGUCGUGCACCUCCUGGCGGUAAUCGUGACAACCAAUCGCGUGGCCGAAACCAUGCCCCUAAUCGAGUCGAGAAGCCUGGUACUGCGACGAUCGACGCCAGAGGAGCUCCAGACGAGAGUUCGAGAACUUUUCCGAGCUCCGCCACAUCAACCAGCAAUAAUGCUAGGUCGAAGCGGGCUUCGAGCGCUGGCCCCGUGACUUCGAAAGACUCUACCAGUCCAGUCGAGGCUCCAGGAAGGGAAAGCAGCAAAGCAAAUGGCUCUAGUGACAUUCGAUUUGGCCAAACUAGAAAAGCAAGCCUGAACGAAUCUCGAAAACUAUCCAUGGUCCCAAUUCCUGCAACGCCUCAAAUCAAUAUGUCCACUCGACGCACAUCUCAACUAGAGAACGGCAUGUCUCCUUCACAAGCAGCGAAUCUCCACCAAGAUGGUGAGAGAAGGCAUAAGCGUUCCGCUCCAGACGCUAAUUCGCAACCUAAAGGCAACGCUGUUGAGAGACGAAACGAAGGGCCUAGCCGCCCGCUUGAAGCGGUGAAACAUGCCCAAGCAAAUAAUUCCACACGUGAGCGCGGAGAAGAACGGCCAGGACGAACUCGUGGCGCCAAUCGAGGCCGUGGAGGGGCGACGUAUGCUCCGUACGACAGAAAUACACCAAAUGGGAAUGAUCACUUUGGUGGACAGCCCAGCUCUUAUCAAACCCCGUUGACAGCGCCUUCAAGAUCCUUUUCGAACCACGAGCGGAUACCAUCACAGUCUCAAGGGGGUUUCUUUGGACCGUCGACGCCGCAUCGAAGCCUUCGGUCCUCUUCAAGGUCCCACUAUGGCUCAAGUUUUAUGUCCACAGGCGGAAGAUUCUCGCAUGGUCAAAAUCCUGGGCCCUCUCACUUGCCAAACAUUCAAACGGAUAUGGCUAACAUGUCCUACUUUCCUCAGGGAAUCAUGAGUGCAGUGCCUUACGACCCAUUUCAGGCUCAAGUGACCCUCUACGAUCUUGUACAGAUGCAAAUGGAGUACUACCUAUCCGUAGACAACCUGUGCAAGGACAUGUACCUGCGAAAACAUAUGGAUUCCCAGGGCUUCGUAUUCCUUGAUGUGUUAUCCCAAUUCAAUCGCAUUGUUACCUUGACCACAGAUGUCGAGCUAAUUCGCUACGUUUGUCUCAACUCUCAGAGAAUAGAGUUCAAACCAGGGCAGAUAUGGCAGGAUGGCAAAGAUCGACUUCGCGCCAGGGACGGCUGGGUCAAUUUUGUACUGCCCGCAGAGCAACGCUACCCAUCAGCACAAACCGAUGGGCCAACGCCAGCGCCAAAUAACGUGCAAAAGGAUCCCGUGAACUCGCUUGACGGUGGCCUUAGGUUAUCACCAGGAGCAAGUCCGAGUAAAGACUCAGCAGACUUGCAUUUUCACUCGCUUAAUGCCAUGGCACCUUCGGCUGUUGAACCUGCGCCGCAGGCUUCGGUGCCAACCAAUCAUUAUGAAGACAGCAGCCAGCCACCGCUUUCCGCAGCUGUGUCCGAAUUCACGCCGUCUGUCCACUCUCACGGCGGGCGCCCGUUUGCUUCUCCGGAUCUGCGUUCUCCGGAAACAAAGACUUUCACCGACGACGAGGUUCAGCACCUUCAGAUUGUGGUUCGACAGCCUAUCAAUUCUGCGUAUCCUCCUUUUCAAUCGGCUUCCUCACGAACGUUCUCCAACGGGUCUAUAGACGGUCGAGGUAUUAGCGAUGAAUUGUCGAAAGUCGCUGAGCGCCAAUCGAGACCUGUAAACGGAGAAGUCUUCGAAAGUGACCAAUCCGCCAGGUCACGAAGUCCAUUCGUCGCAGGCUCACCAAAUAAACGUACGGAUUCUGGGCGCUCGCCGCCUGUCCUCUGGACAAAGCAUAGCGAGAUCAGUGCGCUCGAUUCCCAGCCCAAUGAACUUGCACUUGAGAAUUACACCGAUUUCAGGCGUGAUGCUUUGAAACAGCGUGAAGAUAGCUCGAGUGGAAAGCCCUCGUCAAAUAUGCAGAAUCUGUAUCAUUUCUGGUCGCAUUUCCUCAUACGAAACUUCAAUAACCCAAUGUACGAAGAAUUCAGAAAGCUCGCCGUAGAAGACAAGCUUGGGCAUGAUUCGGCUGCCGGCAUGCAAAGCCUUAUGAUGUAUUAUGGGGAAGCGUUAUUAGGACAUCGAACAGUUCUUGACGACCGUAUAGUCCGUCACUACGUCGACAUGGUCCAAGCAGAGGACAAGGCUCAGGAUCGGCCGGCGUUCAAAAAACUCAGAAACGCAUGGAGGAACGGCGCUUUCAGUCAUAUGAAUCGUCAUAAAAUUUUGAAGAUAAUUAAUGAAGACUUGAGGUCCGAGCUUGAUCGAUAG